AUGCGCAGCUCAAACGUUGACGAGAGCCUCCAUUUCGGCGGAACGUACCAAAACACCCGAGAACCGCAAUGUCUCCUACCAGUCUUGGCCGAGGCACCCAUGGCACUGACGACAUGUCAGUGCUGGCUGUCAAUUGAACGGAGUUUUUCGCGCACAUUGCCCGUCAUGGCUCAGUUUCCGAUCAAAGUCUUCCCAAGCAAAGUGAAGCAUCGCGCAACAACGAGGGCAUCGCGGACAGCGUGGGGCCGAUCGCCUAGUAACCGCUGCUACAUCUGA